CCUUACUCCACAUCCAAGUCAGUGGGUGGCAUGGCUGGAGAAUCUAAUUCAAUCUCGUGUACGUCUGGAUUUUCUUCAAUUGGUAGUUUCUCGUCUGAUCUUCAGCUACCUAUUUCAACUAAUGCUUUUGGUUUAUCAGACACGCCGAGCUUUGAAAAGUUACGAGAUGCUUCCUUUUAUCCACAAAAGCCAACGGCUCUGGCUCCAUCGUUUUCUUCCCCUGAUCUGGGUGCCUUUCGAAUCAAUGGGUCUUUGGGAGAUUUGAUUGAGCAACAAGAGCAGUAUCUGAUGAUGCAGCAAAACGCUGCUCAGUCUCAAAUGACCGCUUCUGGUGGUGAUCUGGAUGCAGCUUCCAUUCCUGGCUCUUAUGGCAUCUGUCGCUACUUUUUGCAAGGCUAUUGCUCUCGCGGUGAUCGUUGCAAUUUUGCACACAUCAUGAACAUGGGUGCACUCAGCAAUAAUGGUACUCAAUCGAUGCAAUCUUCUCUGUCCAAUCCUAUUGGAAUAAACAACACCAACAAUUCUAUGCAGUUCAAUCCAAAUGCUAAUGCUCUUAGCAUGAGCGGAAUCAGUCCCCAGACUGCAGCUGCAUUGUAUAGUCAAUCUGGUAUGAGUGGCAUGAACAACGGCUUCAACAUGAUGUACUCUGGUCUUCCUUACAACGCGCAGGGACUUCCAUUUGCAAAUAUGAGCAAUCUUAACGCUCUCAAGUUCCAUGCCACCUUGCAGAAGCAAAAAAAGCACUCGCAAGAAGAAGCUAGCAGAUUUUCCAGCAUUAUGCUUGAGGAUCUUGUUGGACAGAUUUCAGUACUGAGCAAGGAUCAGCACGGCUGUCGAUACCUUCAGCGCAAGCUGGAAGAACAGAACGAGAAGCAUCUUGAUAUGAUUUAUGUCGAGAUUUUCCCCAAUUUUGCCGAGCUCAUGACAGAUCCAUUUGGAAAUUAUCUGUGUCAAAAGCUUCUUGAGUACUGUACUGAGGAGCAGCGUAACAUGUUAGUUGAGCACGUUGCUCCUGAUCUUGCUGCAGUAUCCCUCAACAUGCAUGGCACUCGAGCGGUUCAGAAAUUAAUCGAAUUUCUUUCUACACAUCAUCAAAUAUCUACUGUUGUGCGUGCUCUUGCUUUAAAUGUCGUGAGUCUCAUCAAGGACUUGAAUGGAAACCAUGUUAUUCAAAAGUGUUUAAACCGUCUUUCACACGAAAAUAACCAGUUUAUUUAUAAUGCCGUCAGAAAGCACUGCACUGAAAUUGCAACUCAUCGCCAUGGUUGCUGUGUGUUGCAGCGCUGCAUCGAUCAUGCAUCUGAUUCACAGCGUGUGCAGCUUGUUGCUGAAAUUACCUAUCAUGCUCUUACCCUUGUUCAAGAUCCCUUUGGAAACUAUGUUGUUCAGUAUGUUCUUGAUCUUGCCGAGAUAAAAUUCAGUGAAGCCAUUGUCCAUCGCUUUUUAGGCAACAUCUGUCUUUUGUCUGUCCAAAAGUUUAGUUCUAAUGUCAUUGAGAAAUGCAUUCGCGUUGCUAGCUCAGAGACCCGUGCACUGCUGAUUGAUGAGUUGCUGAACAAGGAGCGACUGGAUAAGCUUUUGCGUGAUUCCUAUGCAAACUAUGUUGUACAGACAUCACUGGACUACGCAGAGCCUGCUCAGCGUUUGCAACUUGUAGAGUGUAUUCGUCCGAUUCUGCCUUCUAUUCGCAACACUCCUUAUGGAAAACGGAUUCAAACCAAGAUCUUGCGCGAUCAUUUUAAUCAGGUGUCUAAUGGUCUUGGUGGCAUGGGCACGAUCAAUAUGCUAUCUGGACCUGGUCAGUGCUACAAUGAUAUAGGUCUUGCUCAUGGUAUGGGCAAUUCUAUGAACAAGACUUCGUCGUUUUCUGGACUUGUCGGUAUGAAUGGCAACAAUAGUGUACUAUCCAGCAUGGGUAGUGGCAUGAAUGGCAUGUUUUAAUUGUAUUCUGCAAGAGACUUCUACAUUCUUUUCAGCUUCCUACUUAUUGAAACGCAUUUUCCAUUUCUCGUAUAGGUGUGGACAUCACUCUGUGAUGCUGAAGUACAUCUAUUCACUGAUAUCUAUCUACUGGACAAUUUUUGAAUGUGUUGCCUUUUUAAACUAAAUGAAAUCGAGUAGUUGUUCACUUG